CUCUCUCUCUUUCUUACUCUUUGCAGUAAGUUAGAGAAAUAAAAGGAAUAAAGUGUUAUAUAUAUUAUCGGGGGAGUGUGAAGUGAUCGUGUGCUCGACAUAAAAAAGGGGAGUAAUUAAUACAGCGAUAUUCCCUUAAAAGCUUAUUACAAAAUUCAACGAUUUUUCGGUUUUCGGAAAAGCUAUAAUAAGGAGAGUAAGUGAAAAAGUGCCGCGAACGGCAAGACGCCGCAAAUCUUCGCGAGUUCGCAAAUACCGGACGGUGUAUACGCAUAUUUAAAAGGAGGAGGAGGAGGAGGAGGAGGAGGAACAGCACCAGCAGUAGCAGCAGCAGCAGCGGCAGCGGCAGAAUUAGCUAAAGAAGGACUAGGAUAUAUCUCUACUGAAAGAAGGAAAGAAGAGGAAGGAACGUUAUCGUGGCUAUGCAGCCUCGCGAAGCUAUUACCGGAAGAAGAUAACGCCGACCGUAAGUCGGACAAAAGACGAAUCACCACGGUGGUCCACGCGCACAAUAGACGCGUAAACAUUCGAAGGCUUCGAUUAGCCGAAACAUGUGGACCACGAUGUUAGUGUGGACGGUUGCCGUCGUGCUUCUACCGUCACCCCGUGUGGUAAACGCUUCGGGGGUGUUCGAGCUAAGGUUGAAGUCGUUCGUUAACGAAUACGGAAAGGAUAGUCUAGGUAAAUGCUGUUCAGGCACUACCUCGAGAACAGGCGAUUGUUCAGGUGUUUGCAAGACAAGGUUUAGGGUAUGCUUGAAGCAAUACCAAGUGAAGAUUGACACAACAACACCGUGCACUUAUGGAGAUGUCGUUACACCUGUCCUCGGCGAAAACAUCGUUACUUUUAAUCCAAACGUCGCCCUACCCAGUUUUAGUAACCCCAUCAGAUUUCCAUUCGAGUUCACAUGGCCGGGAACAUUUUCUCUGAUCGUUGAGGCCUAUCACGACUCAAACAAUACAACGCAUCAUUCAGCCGAAAAGGUAUUGAUCACCAGGCUAACCACGCAAAAGUGGCUCGACGUGGGCUUGGAAUGGAUAGAGGAAGAACAUAGGAGUGCCCAUUCACGAAUGGUCUACGAGUAUAGAGUGACGUGUUCACCACAUUAUUAUGGAAAGGGCUGCGAAAAUCUUUGCAGACCUAGAGACGACAACUUUGGUCAUUACAGUUGCAGCCCUACCGGUGAACGUGUCUGUCUUUCCGGAUGGAAGGGCGACUACUGUGCUACUCCCCGCUGCCUGCCCGGAUGCGACGAGCAGCACGGACACUGCAGUCAACCCAACGAAUGCAACUGUCAUAGCGGUUGGGAAGGAGCCUUUUGUGAUCAGUGCGUGAGAUAUCCCGAGUGUCUUCAUGGCAGUUGCCAAAAGCCUUGGGAAUGUCUAUGCGACGAAGGCUGGGGCGGACUGUUCUGUAACCAGGAUCUAAACUACUGCACGAAUCACAAGCCCUGCAUGAACGGCGGCACCUGCUUUAACACCGGCCAAGGAUCGUACACCUGCUCUUGCGCGCCGGGCUUCACCGGCACGGACUGCCAAACACCGCUUUUGGACUGUCACUCGAAGCCAUGCUUGAAUGGAGGCUCCUGUUCGAUGGAAGCAACGUAUACAAACUCGAGCGUAUCCUCCAGUGUCGGCAACAACGCAAACGGGAAUCAUCAUCAUCAUUCUUCCUCCUCGCUUGAUAGUUCAUCGUCAUCGAACAAGUUACAACGAGCAGCUUAUCGAUGUACUUGCCCACCAGGUUGGAGAGGUCGUCACUGCGAGAUGACAUCAAGAUCAUGCCGAGACUCGCCUUGUUUGCAUGGUGGUAUCUGCGAGGAUGACUCAUUGAACGGCUAUAUUUGUCGUUGUCCAGCGGGAUACGUGGGUACCGAUUGCGAAUCCCAACUCGACGAGUGCUCACCGAAUCCUUGCACGAACGGUGGCACUUGCACUGACAUGGUGAACAAUUAUCGUUGUACCUGUCCUCCUGGUUUCACUGGAGAUCGCUGCGAAAUCAACAUCGACGAUUGCCAAGGCGACCCCUGUCUUAACGGUGCCACGUGUGUCGACUUGGUGAAUCGCUUUAGAUGUCAGUGCGUACCUGGAUUCGUUGGUAGGCUCUGUCAAGACAAGGUCGAUUAUUGUCUGGCGAAGCCAUGCGCGAACGGUGGUAGAUGCAUUUCCAGAACAAACGACUAUCGUUGUGAAUGCAAGCCUGGAUUCACCGGGAAGGAUUGCAGCGUUGACGUGGACGAAUGUCUUAGCGCACCCUGUAAAAACGGUGGCACCUGUAGGAAUCGAGUGAACGGUUUUCUCUGUGAGUGUUCGAAAGGUUGGCACGGAGAAAGUUGUACGGAGGAGGUCGGUUUCGGUGGUACGGCAAUUUUACCAGUGGCAUCAGCCGCAAGUUCGUCCGGCGAAAGUGGUACUGCCAUUUUACCAGCAGCAGCGGCAGCAGCCGCUGCGGUACCACCCUCGGGUGCCAGUUAUUGGUCAGGAAAUUUAUCGAAACACGUAACCUCUGCAGCCGAAGCUAGAGACGCCGGUCUGACGACCGAACACGUAGUGGUGAUAGCAACAAUCUCAACGGCCGUACCAGCUUUUGUCUUGGUCGCAGCGCUCGCAGUAAUGUGCAUGAAGAGGCGGCAAAAGCGGGAACAGGCGAAGGCGGACGAGGAGGCGAGAUUACAGAAUGAAAGGAAUGCAGUACACAGCAGCAUGAGCAAGCGCAGCGGAGGUGUUCUCGGAGGCGGUAGCAACAGCGUCCUAGGUUCAACCGGUGGUGGAUCGGCCAUUGGGAUUGGUAACGUUGGACUUCUGAAUGGUAUUACCGGUGGUUGCGUUGGUAGCGGAGUUACCGGUGGUGGAAUCGUUUCGGGCGGAGGUGCGCUCUCCGGAUCUGGAUUAAUCAGUUCGGCUGGUGGAAGUGUCUGCACUCUUGGCACUGGAGAUGCUCACAUGAUCAAGAACACAUGGACGGCAAACAAAAGUGUAAACAACGCGAGUAGCGUCCGACAGGAUGACUUGGACUCCUCGUUCCAGACCGAUGUUACCUUGGACAGUUCCUGUUCGGGUUAUAAAGCAGAACCGGUGCUUCAAGAUGGUAGAACAAGAACGACGAAACAGUUGAACACUGAAGCUGCAGCCCACCGAGCGUCUCAUCUCUUCCAAAAAGAGAAGGACUGCUUAAGUCUGGGUCUGGGUAUUGGUGUCACUGUACUAGAAAAUACGAAGAAGUCGUCGGUCUUCGCAAACACUCCGAGCGAUGCUUGUUGUGCAGCAGAAGCGACCCUAUUGAAAAGGCCGACAACGGUGACGGAAAGUUCUGGCCCACCCGGAAGUGGAGGUGGCGGCGGCGGAGGUGGUGUUGUCGACAGUGCCUGCGGUGUUUAUGUUAUAGACGAUCAUUACAGGCACGACGCGAGCACGCUAGCGACAACCCUCGCGACGGAAGUGUAGCCUCGAGUAAUACUGUGACAUACAAAAGAACGCGUGCUUGGGACACGAAUCAAUUAGACAGCGCGCGAAUCACGAACUUGUAUUUUCUCUUAUUCUUCCCCCCAUUUUUUUCUCGUUUCACCCGACGCAUCAGAGACCGUGUCGAUCCUCAUUCUUCUUCAAUUUGAAUCAAUGCAUGCAUUGAAACAAUUCUUCGAAAGAUUCACAGAAUCUUCGUUCGUGUUUCCUCAAAGACGUCUUAUUGAUGAAAACGAGGGGAAUAACGAUGACGAUGACACUGACGAAGAUGACGACCACGACAACGAUGGUGAGAUAAUCAUUAAGAUCUCUCGUCGAGUCGAGCGACGGACUAACUAAUAUAAAUAGAAGCUCGUGAAUCGAGUUAAUAAAGUAACGAUAUGCUGUGGGGGCGGUUGGCAUAUUAGCCACUUACCCGUCUUUAGAUGUUAAUAAUAUUGUCAUGCCUCAAACAAAACUUUGUACAGAACUAAUUUAUUAUUAUUGUUAUUUACUAUU